AUGGUUGCAAUUGCGAGAGAAACAGUCAAACAGCGGGAGAACGUCUUCACCAACCAGUCAACUCAGUCGUUGGAGAUGGUAGCCGACACAAUGCAAAGAUAUCUGAAGGCCUGGGAUCGAAACAGAAACCAUAAUCGGGUCUCGACCACAAUCCAAUCGUACCUCUGGCGAAACUGCUCCUGUAUGGUUCGAUUGUCGCAUACUUUGUACGAGAUCACCCCCAUGGACUUGCAACUAGUUGCCGGGAUGAACCCCAUUGAGGGCAAGUUUCACAGCGCCGCUGACUAUAUGAAGUCCAAGGGUAAGAUCAGAGCAUGGGCGAAGCAGCGACGAAGCCUGUCAGGCGUGUCUUGUGCUGCCGGCGAGGUCGAUGGCGAAGGAACCACCAGCGGAAAACCUCCCAAGGACUAG